AUGUGAUUAUCCUCAUGCUUUGAAAAUUUGAUACUAAGCCUGAUUAAAAUAAUUUGAACGGUAUCAUAAAGCCCUUAUACUAAAAAAGUUUUCUAUUUAACCAUUUUAACAAUUGUUUAAAAAAUUUUAUAAGGACCUUUUUUUUUUUCCUUCCACCUCACCACGAAAGUUUACUUUAAACUUAAACGAAAUGUCAAAUUUUUGUAGCCAAAGUGCUUUGAUGGUUUGCAAAUCGGAAUCUAUAGUUCGUCGACUAAAAAAUGACUAUCCAACUCUUUCACAAUUAUUUACGUAUAAUCGAGAAGGUACCAUAGGAUUUCUUAAAGCAAAUGGUGGCUUAUACGGUUUCUCCUUAUCUCAUGAUUUUAACGUUCCUCAUACUGGGGAUGACAACUAUAAAGCAUGGAGUGAGUAUCGAGACGCCAUUGAACGCUACUUGGAUAAGAUUUGUGAUCGUGUAAAGGCAAAUGAUCCUUUUAAUGGAGGUGGAAUGAGAUCAUUCAGGGAAGAAUUAAAACCGGCAAGAAAAGUAUUAUCUGAUGAAAUACAUAGUAAACAUUACAUCAAAUUUCCCUUAUGGCCUUCGGUGAACAAAGAACAAGAAAGCCUUGUAGAAUUAGAUACCGGUAGUAGUUAUGAUCAUGGAGCAUACAUUAUUUUAUGGAGCUGUGUAGGUUGGAUAAAAGUAACUGAUAGGAGGCCUCAACAUAAUAAAUACAUCGCUGAAUUUAGUGGAAAACCAGAUUUAAAAUUGUUGGCGUUGGAUAAUGAUAGGUUAAGGACGUUGGAGGAUACUGUUAGAGAAAAAGGUAUUGAGGCGGGGAAAUCAAUGGUAAAUAAACCACGAUCUUUAGCUUGGGAUGAAUUGAAUUGAUAAUUGUUAACCUUUAAUACAAAUACAUGUUAUUUUAUUUUAUAUCUUAACGUAAAAUUUGAUGCGUAGAAUUUGAUGUAUUACUAUAUAUUUUUUAAAGUUAUUUUUUUAAGAUAUUUUAUGAUAUACUGUAUUAGUCAAAAAUGUUUAAAUUUAGAACUAAUAAAUUGUU